AUGUUUCAGGUGCUACGAAGAGAGUCAUGUAAAUUGACCAUUUUACGGCAUGUGAGAAGACAAAACGCAACGGCAUUCAGCGCAAGAUGCUAUGGCACAUCGGAUAAGGGAAACAAAGGCGACACCAGCAACAGUGGCAAUCUUUCCGAACAGGUAGAAGCAAAUAAGGAUAAUCCUAUCUCACGGACUCUGAAACUUAUCGGCAACGAUGUGCAGCGUGUGAAAAAAUUCAUUCUUCCGCGCAAUUUAUCCAAAAGCAAUACCGAUACCAGCGAUAAAUCAUCGGAAUCGAUCGAAAACUAUCUGCAGCGAUACCGCCGGGACGAUUUUCAGUCUCAUUGCGACGUUCUCGUAAUCGGUGGCGGUGGAGUAGGAUCCUCCAUUGCCUACUGGCUAAAGAAACGUGCUCGUGAUGGCCUUAACGUGGUGGUGGUCGAAAAGGAUUCGACCUACGGACAGGCUUCCACCUGCCUAUCGGUCGGAGGAUUGCGGCAACAGUUUUCCAUCGUAGAAAACAUUCAAAUGAGCCUGUUUGGGGCAGAUUUCAUGCGCAACAGCAAGGACUAUCUCGGCGAAGACGUCGAUUUAAACUUUACGCCGCACGGAUAUUUGCUGCUGGCGAGUGAAGCGGGCGCAGAACAAUUGGAGCAAAACUCCAAGCUACAGUGUACGCUCGGUGCGAAAAACGAAUUGCUGACGGCGAGUCGCCUUAAACAACGCUUUCCCUGGAUGAACACGGACGGGAUCGCACUCGGGUGUCAUGGGCUGGAGAAGGAAGGCUGGUUCGAUCCGUGGGCGUUGCUUUCUGGCUUCCGAAAACGUGCUACGGAGUAUGGUGCGCACUACGUGGAGGGUGAAAUGGUUGGGUUCGGCUUUACGAAACAUCCGGACAUUUUGGCCGAAGGCAUCGAGGAGGGUGCGUACGAAGGCAUUAAUCAUGCGUUCAUAAAGAUGAAGGAUGGUGAAAUGCGAGAGAUAAAGUUUGCGAUCGCUGUUAUUGCGGCCGGUGCUCAGUCGGGUGCCAUUGCCAGGAUGGCCAGGAUUGGUACGGGGAACGGAAUUCUAACCGUACCGCUGCCGGUGGAACCGAGAAAACGCUUCGUUUACGUGUUCCAGUGUGAAAAUGAUCAAGGUCCAGGCAUUAACACACCACUAACGAUUGACCCCAGCGGGACGUACUUCAGGCGGGAUGGAUUAGGUGGUAAUUAUUUGGGCGGUAAAAGCCCACUGCCGGAAGAGGAACCACCGAUAGAUAAUUUGGAUGUUGAUCAUGGUUUUUUCGAGAAAACGGUAUGGCCAAAUCUAGCCCAUUUGGUACCGAGUUUCGAAGCGAUAAAGGUGAAAAAUUCAUGGGCUGGGUACUAUGAGUUUAAUACGUUCGAUGAAAAUGGUAUUGUAGGGCCGCAUCCGUACUAUAACAACCUGUACAUUGCAACCGGAUUUAGUGGGCAUGGCAUUCAACAGACACCAGCCGUAGGAAGAGCCGUUUCCGAGAUGAUCAUAGACGGUGGGUUCCGAUCAGUGGAUCUAACGCGCUUCGGGUUCGAUAGGAUCAUCAUCGAUCAACCGAUGUACGAGGCCAACAUUUUCUAG